AUGGAUUCUCAAGAUUACCUUGACGUAGAUGCUCUCAUAAAUGACUUGAGCCUGUCAGAAAAAAUUGCGUUACUAUCUGGUGCAGGUGCUUGCAGCACUGUGCCGAAUGAACGCUUGAAAAUACCGGUCCUUGAGACAUCUGACGGUCCCCAUGGAUUGCGCGGAGGUGGUGGACGCUUCUACAACAUGCCACCAGGUUAUCAAUUUCCAUCCGCGACCGCCCUAGGUGCUACGUUCGAUACAGAAUUGAUGUAUGCCGCAGGUCAAUUGAUAGGGCAAGAGGGUCGUCGUAAAGGCGUUGGAGUUGCUUUAGCUCCCACAGUGUGCCUUCAACGAUCCCCUCUGUUAGGUCGUGGUUUUGAGGCUUUUGGUGAAGACCCAAUUUUGAGCGGUACAAUGGCUGCUCACUAUGUCCGUGGCGUACAAGACUGCAAAGUUGCUGUAUCUCUCAAACAUUACGUGGCUCACGACCAGUCCGCCAAAGCUCUAGAAGAUGAGACUUUCAUGUCGCAACGUACCCUACGAGAGCUUCACCUCCUUCCCUUUCAGAUUGUACAACAUCAAGCUAAGCCAUGGUCGUAUAUGGCAGCAUAUCAACGCAUUAACGGUAUUCACGUGAGCGAGGACCCAUUUUUGCUCAAGAAGAUCCUCCGCGAGGAGUGGGGUUUCGAUGGUCUUGUCAUGAGUGAUUGGUGGGGAACUUACAGCACCGCCGAAGCGCUCAACGCGGGUCUCGACUUGGAGAUGCCUGGACCAAGUAUUUGGCGAGGAAAACAGCUUGCCACAGCAGUAGACGCUCGCAAAGUCAGAGUGAAAACCAUCGAUCGAGCUGUCAGAAACCUACUCAACUUGAUCAAUAAGACACUUCAUCCGCCUCGUCAGGAUGGAGAUGGUGAGGACACACCAAGUUCUCGAACUACUAUUCGAAGAAUGGCAACAGAUUCCAUUGUGCUUCUAAAAAAUACGAGGCAAACACUCCCACUGUGCGCUGCUGAUGCAGAUACUUCUUUUGGUUUCAUUGGCGAAUUAUUUGAGUACCCUGCGCAUGCUGGGGGUGGCAGCUCCGAAUCCACCCCAUUUUAUGUCAGCUCACCACUGGAUGCCAUCUCUGAAGUCCUGGGUGCCGGGAGAGUUCGCUACCAACCUGGAUGCUACACACGGCGAUGGACACCUAACAUUAGGUCCGAUUUAUUCCUACCUGGGACUGAGAAACCUGGAUUGUUUCUGGAAUGGUUCGGAGAGGAUCCACAGGACUUUCCGACAACACCGACUCUCCAUACUAAUACAACAACAAAUACGACGAUGUAUUUCAGUCAAUUGAAGAUUGACAAUGUUCCGGAUACUUAUUAUAUUCGCAUCACUACCGAUUACAUUUCACCUCAAACGGGGACCUACCGUCUCGCUCUCUCCACAUGUGGGAAAGCUAAACUCUUGGUCAAUGAUAAUCUGGCUGUCGACCAAUGGUCACGCCAGCCCCACAAGACAGACGAUACAGCUUGCUUCAACAAGCUUACCACCGAAGAGAUCUAUGAUAUUGAUGUUCAGAAGGGUGUCAAGUACAAGAUGUGCAUACUGAUGACCAACAGGCCGUUGCAACCGAUUGCUGGUACACCGGGGGCCGGAGGUGUCCGACUUGGCGGCCAGUUCUUGAGAAAUGAAGACCAAGCGAUUGUGGACGCAGUGGAGCUUGCACGUGAAGUCAGUAUUCCCGUAGUCGUCGUCGGUCUUGGCUCGGACUAUGAAUAUGAAGCCUCAGAUCGCACUCACCUACGGCUCUCAAGGCGGCAAGAUGAGAUGGUCAGGAGAGUCUGUGAAGCAAAUUCUCGAACCGUCGUGGUAGUCCAAACUGGCAUGCCGAUUGAAAUGCCGUGGAUCGACAAAGCCGCAAGUGUUUUGCACUGCUGGCUUGGUGGUCAGGAAACUGGUCACGCUCUUGCGGACAUUCUCUUUGGAAAAACAAAUCCCUCUGGUCGCUUAUCUGUGACCUUCCCUAGACGACUCGAAGAUAACCCUGCCUUCCUAAAUUUUGGCAAGUCAGAACACUCGAUCUACUACGGUGAAGGCGUAUUCCUUGGGUACCGUUAUUAUGAGAAGCUCAACGUGCCUCCGCUGUUUUACUUCGGCCAUGGCCUUUCUUAUACAACCUUUGACUACAAUAACGUAGUUGUCCCGGAAGUAUUUCAAGGCGGUGCCGAAGGCACAUUGACCAUUUCUGUCGAUGUAACAAAUACAGGUUCCGUAGAUGGUGCUGAAACGGUUCAAGUCUAUGUUUCCGACUGCGAAUCUUCCGUGCAGCGGCCACGCAAGGAGUUGAAGGGAUUCACAAAGGUCUUUCUGAGAAAAGGAGACACGAGAACAUGCCGCGUCACAUUGGACAAAUACGCUGUGUCAUUCUGGUCCGAGAAGAUUGAUCAAUGGGUUGCCGAAGCUGGAGAAUUCAAUUUCAUUAUUGCUCGAAGUUCCAACCCAGCGGAUGAGUUGGUACAGAAAAGAUUCAACCUUCCUGAGACAUUCACUUGGUCUGGCCUGUAGUUGGUGUUUGCAAAGCAACCACGGUCCGCCCAAACAGAGACAUAUAAUUAGAAGUAGUUGAAAAC